AUGGUCCAGCAGGCUGUACAGGGAGGAGCUCCAGCUGCUUACGCCCAAGAAAUGGAGAGGCUAACCGCUAAAGAAUCCCUUCUUCUUGCUAGAGUAGUUUUUGAAUUUGAAUCAUGGACUUUCUAUUUAUCUUGUUCCGAUCUGCAGUCCAUGCAACGAGGCGAUCCAGCUUGGUCAAUUGAGGUGUUGACCGAAUCUCAAUAUUUCCAGAAUGUUAUGCGCGUUGGUUUCCGGCUGAGAUCAACUUUGGUGGCUGCUAUAUUUAGAAAAUCAUUACGAUUGACUCAUGAGAGUCGCAAGAGUUUCUCUACAGGAAAGAUAAAAAAUAUGAUUACCACAUAUGCUAAUUCACUUCAGGUGGGGAAUUUGGCUGCUCCAGUUGAAGAAUGGACCGUUAAUGGGACAGCUUUAACUGCACUAAUGGACGUGGAGAGAAGACAUGGAAAGUUUAAGCCUGCAAUCAAGAAGGCCAUGGUGGAGCUUCAAGGUAAUAUCUUAGAAGCAGACUAUUUACUUUGGAACACUGUAAAUGGCGAUAAGCGAUGGUGUUGUACUUACCUUCUUGCUCCUUCUGAUCCUUUGUUCGUUGAACUUGGAGCAGCUUUUAUUAAACGACAAAUCGAAGGUGCAUUGAUUUUGCCAUUAAUAUGGAGAUGUGACAGAUAUAUACAAUUGGAUGUAUUAUUGUACAACUUUUUUGGAUCAUCUCCUUUGGGAGAACAAUGGAAGGUUAUAUGCAACUACACCACAGAACAAAAUUCGGAUCAUCUUGUUUUUGGAUCAGUUCCUGGAUCCAUGUCAACCAGUUUUUCACUCUUUGAUAAUUCCAAACAUUACAUUAUGUUGGACGAGUUGAAGCAAUUAUACAUUGCUGUUUCAUGUACAAAGCAGAGAUUAUGGAUUUGUGAUAGCACAGAGCAAUCAAAGCCUAUGUUUGACUAUUGGAUUAAGAAGUGUCUUGUUCAUAUUAAACAACUUGAUGAUUCACUAGUAUCUUCAAUGCAAGUCCCAAGCAGUCAACAAGAGUGGAAAUCACGGGGCAUCAAGCUGUAUUAUGAGCACAACUACGAAAUGGCCUCAAUUUGCUUUGAAAAAUCUUGUGACAUAUAUUGGGAAAGAAAAUCUAAAGCUGCUGGCCUUAAAGUUAUGGCUGAUCGUAUCUAUUCUUUCAAUUCUGAAGAAGCUAAUUCUCUCCUUAGGAAAGCUGCUGAGAUAUUCGUAGAUAUAGGCGAAGCUGAUUCUGCUGCUAGAUGUUUUUGUGAUUUGGGGGAGUAUGAAACCGCAGGUAGUGUAUAUUUGAAAAGUUGUGGCGAGUCUGAGCUACAAAGAGCUGGAGAAUGCUUCACUCUUGUAGGUUGCUAUGAGCGUGCAGCUGAUGCCUAUGCUAGAGGAAAUUUUUUCUCCAAGUGUCUAAAUAUAUGCACCAAAGGGAAGUUAGUUAGCAUGGGUUUGACGUACAUAGAGCACUGGAAACAACAUGCUAAGAAAGAGGGUGAUAUAAACACUAAGGCUGAAGAGAUAGAAAAAAUUGAACAGGAGCUUUGGAAGGGAUAUGCUCUCAAUUGCUAUGUGCUAAAAGAUACUAAAUCCAUGAUGAAUUGUCUCAAAUCAUUGAAAUCAAUGGAUUUAGUUCGUAACUUUUUGAGGCCAUUAGGUUGCUUUUAUGAACUUAUGUUGUUGGAAGAACAAUCAGGAAAUUAUAUGGAGUCUGUAGAAAUUGCAAAGCUGAAAGGAGAUGUACUUUCUGUAAUAGAUCUUCUUGAGAAGGCUGAGAAGUAUAAAGAAGCAGCAACUCUUAUUAUUUCCUAUGUUCUUGCCAACUCACUCUGGUCAUCUAGUAAAAAGGGCUGGUUUACUUUUGUGUAUCUUGUAAUGUUUCUAUUUUUCAUUUUUGAAGUAAAAAUUGUUCAAGAUUAUAAAACUUUAUUAUGUUAUGCUUUCAAACUUAAGUUAGAACUAAGAUCUCAUGAAGUAGACACAUUCAUGGUUUGAAUUAUUAUUGUUUAAUGUAAUACUUA